AUGCACGCACUUUUUGUUGCAGAUAUGCAUUUAAAUGACUUACGAUAUGACAAAGGCAAACUUGCUAAUGAAGAUGUAGCUAAAGGAAUAGUUGCCAUUAUGAGUUUGCUUGGACCAUCAUUAAAAAGUGCAGCAUAUCUAUAA